AUGGUGGCAACCGAUAGCCUCAAGCAGGACGCAGAGUCCGAGGAGCAUCGAUAUGUCCCUCCACAAGAAUCUACAUCAUGGCUCGCAAGAGUACAUCCGUAUUUCAAGGACCCAGCCCAUGUGUUAGUCUUCAAGCUCGACGUGUUGCUUUUAGUAUGGGCAUUCAUCGCUGGCCUGUUCAAGGACAUGGACCAGUCUGCGACGACGGCCGCCUACGUAUCUGGGAUGAAGGAGGAUCUUUCUCUGUAUGGCAACGAACUGGUCGAGUUCACGACCUAUUUCUCAAUCGGAUACGCCCUAUUCAUCGUGCCGUCGCAGCUCAUCCAGACCAAGGUUCGGCCAUCAAUCUUCCUACCGAUUUGCGAAAUUAUCUGGGGUCUUUUCACCCUCUUCACAUAUGCGGCUCCCAAUGCGAAGACCAUCUUCGCCCUGCGCUUCUUUCUCGGUGUCUUCGAAUCUACAUCCUGGCCCGGCAUCGUGAACCUGAUAUUUAAUUGGUAUACGCCCAAGGAGCUUGGCAAGCGACUCGCCAUCUUUGGCGUUAGCGGUGUGGCCGGAAACAUGUUCUUGGGUAUUGUACAGGCUGCGCUGUACAACAAUCUCAACGGGUCACUGGGCCUUGCAGGAUGGCAGUGGCUCUUUAUCGUGUCUGGGGCCAUGACUAUCUUUUGGGGCAUCGUUGGUUUGGCAGUCAUCCCGGAUUCGCCUGCCAUUACAAGGGCUCUGUGGCUUACAGAAGAGGAGAGAGAGCUCUCGAAAACUCGGAUGAAUGACCAUGGAACCAAGACGUCGGACAUCAUCCCUUUCAAGGUUCUACUACAGAAGAUCAAGCUCUUGCUGAAGAGUCCGAUCUCAUACCUCUUCCUUGCCGCUUAUCUUCAGUUCGCAUGGAGUCAGAGAGCCAACUCUUAUUUUCUUCUCUUCCUCAAGGGCCUAAAGAACGACGACGGAACAGCUCGAUACUCUGUCUAUACCGUCAACCUGAUCCCCUUGGGAGGGUACGGGAUUAGCAUCGUCUGUAACAUCGGAUUGAACGCGAUCAGUGAUUGGAAAGGCUGGCGUUGGCAGGUGUCAGUCGGGGCCGCAACGCUCCAGCUCAUCGCUACAUCCGUCCUCUCUGGCUGGCCCGACUCGUGGAAAGUCAUCAUGGCUUUCUACUUCCUCACCUUCGCGACGGCAGCGUGGGGAUACGCGUUGAUUGCAUGGCUUGCCGAGAUCUUGCGCAAGGAGCCCGAGGUUCGGUCGAUUCUGGUUGCCCUCGCCGUCACUCUUGUGUAUGCCGGGCAUGCUUCCAUCCCAUUGAGAGCCUGGCGAGUAGCCGAUUCUCCGAAGUACCCUGUUGGCUUCCCUCUUGCGGCAGCUUUCAGUGUUGGUAGUAUUCUUUCGAUUCUCGGGCUGCGGUUCUAUAUCAAGAGAUAUCCAGACAUCUUAGACUGGGGUUUGGGGGGAAAUAGUCGGGAUCGUUCUGAUACAGAGGAAGAGAACGCCUAA